AUGGCGUCUCAAUCAAACAUGACACUCGUCGAGAUCGCCAAGACAACCAGCGAGAUUCUCUACUCGGUUAUCCGCAUCCUAGAGAUGGUACUUCUCAACAUAGAUGAGUUGAUCCGCAAGGAAAAGAACGACCUUCGCGAGGAUCAGGACGGCCUUGGUCAGCUAAAGAACGACCUUCGCCUGGUAAAGAACAACCUUCGGCAGCUAAAAGAGAGAUUUUGCGAGCUAGAGAUGAUGUUUCGCACAAGAAAGAUGGAGCUUCGCGAGCUAGAAAUGAAGAUUCGCAAGCUAGAAAUGAAGAUUCGCAAGCGAAAAAUGGUUCUUCACGAGCUAGAGGAGAAGCAUCGACAGAGCAAGAAGUUGUGUCGCGAGAUGAGCCAGAACUGUCUUACACUCAUUUAA